CUCUCGUGAGUUUUCUAGCGUCAAACUGACCUCUUGAAUUCGGAAUUUAGCAGUUUUAGGAAACGAGUUUUAGUCCGAUUUACACACCGCGAGUAUUUCAAAAUAUUUAAUAGGAAAACCUGACAACUUAGGACUUUUGCAACCCAAGAUUUCAAUCUUUGCAUACUCAUGUUUUUGCCAUAAUGGCAAUACUGGCAGAAAACGAACUGUGGCUGCGAGUAUCAGGAUUCCAGUCGACUUCUGUCACUCUUCUUAACCUCUAUCUGCAAAUGUAAACAUGUUAACAAUCCCUUAUUUUCAAAAUCCUUUUUUUGAUAAGAGCAUACAUCAUGGGUGAACGCAGGGUAACGAUGAAACUAAAAAGUCCAAAUCACCUAUUCCAAACAUGGUUAACAGAAUGGAGAAACGAGGCUAGAGGGACGAACAGUUCACUGGCAUCCUCAUAUGAUGAAGCAUUACAUUCGCUUGAAAUGUACCCUUUACCAUUAAAAAGUGGCAAGGACUGUAAAAUUCUCAUUGGUUUUACUGCAGAAAUAUGUUCAAAGAUAGACCGAAUGUUAGAGAAAAAUCAGUCAAAGGAUAAACAUUUAGAUAUAAAGAAAACUGAUGAGUUACUAUAUCAUUUACAAAACUUGGGACAGGCUGAUACGAAUCAAGAAAAAAGUGCAGUUGAAGACGUUUUGCAAAAUAAAAAAAGGCGAAAAACAAUUACAUCAAGCAAGUCUGAAGAAAUCAUACAAAGUACACAGAAAACUAAGCCAAAGUCUGCCUCUAGGAAAAUUGCAAAACAUGCUUCUUGUAGUAAACUACCUUCUGUUCAAGAAGAGGAUUUUGUGUUAUCUCCUGGAGGUUUUGAUAUUAUUUUAUAUGUUGAUACCAAUGAAGUAGAAGGAAAAAACACAUUGGAUCCAUUACUGCAGGAGUUGAACAAUUUUUGUGUCAGUUAUGAAGUAAAGAGUCUUAAGAUUGGAGAUUAUAUUUGGAUUUGCAGAGACAAGGUCUCAAAGAAGGAAUUAGUACUUCCAUACAUAAUAGAAAGAAAAAGAUUAGAUGAUUUUUCUAGCAGUAUCAAAGAUGGUAGAUAUUAUGAACAGAAAUUCAGACUGAAAAAAUCUGGGAUUAAGAAUAUUUAUUAUUUGAUAGAAGACUACAAUAAAAAGAAUCAUAUUGGGUUACCAUUGCCAACUCUAAGGCAAGCAGCUAUCAAUACCGCUAUCCAGGAUGGAUUUUUCAUCAAGGAAACUAAGAAUUGGAAGCAUACAGCCAAGUUUUUAACACAAUUCACUACAGUUAUCUCGAAUACAUUUAAGGUACUUGAAUUUUGAGGUUUGACUUGAGCACUUGGCUAAAAUCGUGUGACAAUAGAAAAAGUAACACAUUUCAAUUUAUACAUUAAACAGAAACAGAUUCAUUCUACCAAAGAAUGUAUUUUUCUCAGGAUAAAACAAUUUAUAGAGCCAGUAAAAGAAACUUGGAAGACAGUCCAACAAAUAGUGAUUUGAUUUCUUUAAUGAGCUUCAAUGAAUUUAACCAGAGUUCUAUGAAGAAUAAGGCAAUAACUGUGUCAGAUCUAUUCACAAAAAUGCUGAUACAAAUCAAUGGUAUGUCUGUAGACAAGGCGACUGCAAUUGUGGAACAUUUUCCAACUCCAGCUCUUCUCCAAAAAGCUUUUGAGCAAUGUUCUCCCACAGAAGGUAAACAUUUGAUUGCAAAUAUCUGCUAUAAUAAAUUACAGAAGAAAAUUGGACCCACAUUGGGAAAGAUUGUGUAUCAACUUUUUACUUCUGAUCCUUUCUUGUAAAAAUUUUAGCUGUAUUUUAUAAAUGAGAAUAUGUUUGUAUACAAUAUAAAAGUUAUUUAUUUUUUCAUAUUAAUAACAUAAAUUCAUGUAAGACACUUUUAUGCUAUUUUUUUACUGCAAUAAAUUAUAUUUCUUUU